AUGGAUGACCUGGCGCCAUUGAGCCAGCUGCUGGAGAGGACCAAAGUGCGGGACAUUGCUGCUGACCAACAAGACAUCGUUUCCCUGCAGCACAACAACACGGUGGGCGAGGCGCUGCGCCAGCUGGCGGCGGCGCGCGUGCUGUCGGCGCCGGUGGUCGUCAGCAGCGGGCUGGAGGACUUUGAGAAUGGCGGCCUGCCGCCUGGGGACGCGGCGCCCUCCCUCCUCGGAUGGCUGGACGUGAGUGACGUGGUGAGGGCGUUCCUGGGGCACCUGCAUGAGAAGAAGGUGGCGCUGCCAAAGAGCAUGCUGCAGUUGAUGGCGCUGCUGGAGAAGGAGGGGCCGGACUUUGCUGACAAGAUGCUGGUGACCAUCGUGGGGGGCGAGGACCGCGGCCUGCUGUACCAGGCCGACGCGGGCACCAGCGUCAUCGCCGCCAUCCAAGGUUAG